GUGCCUCAUGUAUGUACAUACAUCCUUUGUUGUACCGUGCUUGUACUCCGUACCCCCACGAACAACGACGGAAACCAUCAACACGACACCUUUCGACCUCCGCAUUGUCUGCGGACCAGACCCGAGAAAUCGACGACCGGCAACAGCACCGCCAAUUGCAUUUGCACCAUGUCGUCUCCGGCCGCGCCAACCAGUUCCAUCCAAUCAGCAGCCCGAGGUCCCGCCGCCGCCUCCAAAAGCAAGAAGAAAGGAAACAAGAAGAAAAAAGGCAACAAGGGCAACACCGCAGGAGACGAUACCAACGCUGGCGACGUUCCCUCGAGCGCGCAGAAGCAGCCCACAACCGAACCAGACACAUCCGCCCAGAACGAUGGCGUUGAGGGCGCACCGGCUGAGGAAGUGUCAGAAGAGCUAGAGAAUUCGCCCGGUUUGAGCACGUCGUCGAAUCCCCCUCUAGAGCCUGGCUCUGCGCCAGAUAAGCCGGUGGAGCAAGCACCUGCUCCGGACACAGACGAAGACGCGGUGACGACGGCGGAAACAGAGGCGAAUACUGAAGACGAUCCAACAGCUGUGCCGGCUAACGGCCAUGCCAGCGCAAACGGACACCCACCAGCGAUAUCAGGGGCGAGAAGCGCCAGGUCAGAAACCAUGUCAGAAGAAAAUCAAGACGCGCUACGUCUCGAGGUCGAGCAGCUGCGGAAGCAGCUCGAGAGCAUACAGGAAUCGCACGCCCAGGAACUCGCGCAGCUGCGGUCCGACCUAGAGGAGGCCGAGGGGGCCAGGGAACACGCCGAGACGCAGUACCAAAACCUACUAGGCCGCGUUGAGAAGAUCAGAGAGACGCUGGGCGACCGGCUAAAACGGGACAAGGCCGAGCUGGAAGAGACCAAAGACCGCCUUGAGGAGGUCGAGGCCCAAAAUGAGGAGCUGCAGAGGACGGUGACGGCGCGCGAGGAAGAGUUGGAGCGCCUGAGAGGCGAGGUGCAGGAACAAGCGCGCGAGCUGGCGAGCUUGCGCAGCAGGACCAACCUGUCGCAACAGAAUUGGCUGAAGGAGAAGGAUGACAUAUCGCGGCAGAUGCAGAGCCUCAAGAGCGAGCUCGAGUCGACAACGGCCGCCAUGGGCGAAUGGGAGGUCAUUGCCAUGGAGGAGCGCUCUCUGCGCGAGAGCCUGGCGGACAAGGUGUCGGACCUGGAAGAACAGGUCGCCAACGCGCGCGAGGCGUACGAGAAGGCGGAGGCGGACCGGGAGGCGCAGUCGCAGGCCGUCGACCGUCUCCAGCGGGCUCUGCAGGAGCUCCAGGACACGCGGAAGCGGGAGCUGCGCGAGAUGGUCGAAUCGACGGAGGAACAAGUGCAGGUGCUCAAGAAGGUCGCCCAGGAGGCGGACGCCCGGGCAGCCGAAGCCGAGUCGGCGAAGGAGGCGCUGUCCAAAGAGCUCGAGCGGACCGCGCCGUUCGAGAAGGAGGUCAAGGAGAAGAACCUGCUCAUCGGCAAACUACGGCACGAGGCGAUCGUCCUCAACGACCACUUGACAAAAGCACUCAAGUACAUCAAGAAAACCAAACCAGAAGAAACAAUCGACAAACAACUCGUCACGAACCACUUCCUGCAAUUCCUCAGCCUCGACCGCUCCGAUCCCAAGAAGUUCCAGAUCCUCCAGGUCAUGGCCAACCUCCUCAGCUGGACCGACGAGCAGCGCGAAAAGGCCGGCCUGGCGCGCCCCGGCGCCGCCGCCGCCGGCGGGGGAGGCGCCUCGUCAGCGGGCAACACGCUCCGCCUGCCGGCGUCGCCCUUCCAUCGCACGCCCAGCUCGCCCGCGCUCAACACCGAGUUCUUCUCGGAGCCGUCGGCGACGAAUGCGGGAGCAGCGGCGGGGGGCAGCGGCGGCGGGGGGAAGGAGUCGCUCGCGGAUUUGUGGGCGAGCUUCCUGGAGCAGAGCGUCGAAGAGGCCGGCGGGAACAACGGAGGGAGAGGGUCGAGGAAGGCUAGCCUGGCGAGCGUGAGCACGGCGGGCGGCGGCGGCGGCGGCGGCGGCGGUGGCAGGCCCGAUACCCGGGGAGGAUAGACUUGAGCUACUUGAGCGGUUCUGGAGGAGCGUGUGGUUGUAAUGUAAAAAAGAAAGAGAGCGCGACGAAACCAAAAGCAAAAGAAAAAGAAGAAGAGAAAAAAAAGGGUGCACGACCUGGAAGGCUGCAGGCCCGGGCUACGGGUUGAUAGAGGGAUCGCUGCGUACCAAAGCCGUGUGUAGA